GCCUGUAUUAGAGGCCGGAGGACUGAAAUGUGGCAACGUUACGUUAAGGCCUACCGCAUGGCUGUGACUAUAAGGUAGCGAACGGAAGCAGUUGUUUACAUACUUUAAAGGUGUCUGUUUUAUCCGAAAUUACAGUGUAAUUACGCUAUACUGGACUUAUAGCAAGUAGUCGUGACUACAGUUGAAGAUAUAACACAAUAUGCCAGAAAAAUGUUGUGUUCCUGGUUGCAACAGCAACUACAAAUCCAGCAAGGAAGAGGGUUACAUCUCAGUGUUCAGAUUCCCUACUGAAGAGGAAAACAGAAAACGGUGGACAAGAAAUAUCCCCAGAAAGGACUGGACUCCAUCAAAUAGAAGUGUCGUUUGCAUUAAACAUUUUGAAGAAUGUGAUGUAUCAAGAGUGGAGAUUUACAAGGACUCUGAUGGGAACUGUCACGAGUUUCCUCGUCAAAGGCGAUUGCUUUUACCAGAAGCUGUGCCAAAAAUAUUCCCUGGGUUACCAUCGUAUUUAAAUAAGGUGCAGCCUCCAAGAAGGUGUGACCCAGAAAUAAGAAGGAAGCGUGCACGCCAUGAAGAGGAGGAGAAGAAUGAAGCCAUGCUAAAUGAGGACAUUAUUGCAAAUUUUCAAUGUUUGUGUGCUGAGUACCAGGAUAGAAUAAACAGUGUAGGAAAGUGGAGUGUUAGUGUUAAAGAGAAUAAGAUAUUCUUUUAUACUAUAGAUUUUUCUGAAGACAUUCCUCAGGUCAAAGCGAGUAUGGAAAUUAAUGACAAACUCAUUUCAAGUGUGUGUGUGAAUGGUUUCAUUCUGUCACAUGAGCAGCUCAGCUGGAUUUUACCUUCCUCACUUAGAGUAACCAGAUGGUCACAAAUUGAAAAUAUUUUGAGUAGAGUUAUCAACUGUGAUAGCUACACACCCACCUUUAGUUCUCUUUUAAAUGAAUUAAAGAAUAUUGUAAAGAAACUUACUCUGCAUUCAGAAGCUAAUCCAAAUUGCUGUGCCACACUCUUGUUUCUGUUGGAACAGAUAGAUUUGUUGGCAAUGAAUAAGCGGACAUAUUCGGUUGAUAUGAUGAUGCAUGCAUUUAUCAUCUACAACCAAUCUCCAGCAUGCUAUGCAGCACUCCGGUCAAGUGGAUUGCUUACCUUACCACAUGUGAAACACAUUCAGCAGCUUUCAUCUUCACUGAAGAUUUGUCCAACCAAUAAAUCACAAAAUGCCCAUUUUCUUAAAAUUGUUGUGGAUAAAUUAGAUGAGAGAGAAAAAUUUGUAAUUCUGCAAGUGGAUGAAAUUUAUGUUAAGCCAUGUAUUCAGUUCAAAGGGGGGAAACUCCAUGGAUAUGCAGAAAAUAAUGCCCCAUCUGAGGCCCGUAUAACACCUUCAGAAGGCAAAACAAGGAAACGAGAAAAUUUAGAAUUCAAGUCACGAAUCUGGUGUGAUCUUCGGUCCUCCGUCAGUGCCUGA